CAAACGUGAGUCCAUAUAAGCUGAAGUAAAGUCGUGCAUCGAGCCAUUUUCUGUAUGAUUGAAUCAAAUACCUGAGCAUGGAAAUGGGCGAAGAGACGUUUGAAGAUAUUUUGGAGAAGAAUCGGGUGGAGAUUGUGCAGUGCUUACAGCUAGAUCGGACCUUCUUGUUCGACUAUCUUCGCAGUAAAGCGGUGUUCGACUUGGGAGAUUGUGAUCUUGUUAAUGCAGAAAAAACUCGUGAACAGAAAGCUGGGAAAUUACUCGAUAUCCUCAUGACUAAAGGAGACAUAGGAUAUUCACACUUUAUCGAUGCAAUCCAACUGCUAAACCCGCAUUUAUUCGAGAUAAUAACGGGAGAAAAGGCUACCUCAAGACCAAGCCCACUCAUGAUGGAAAGGGAAAACUUCUUUUUAGGGUCCAAUGGUCGAGCCCCAGACUUGGAUAUUAUGAGCAACCAUUUAAAGCGAACUAUAAGCGAUCUGCAAGAUUUGACAAUCCGCUACGACACAAUCCGAAAAGAAAACGAACAACUGGAGAAGCAACUGAGCAGAACUUCGUGUGAAUUGCAAGAGAAGGAUAGGCUGAUUGAAGAACUCGAAAAGCGAAAAUUUGACACGGAGGCUUUGCUGAUGGAAUCGCACUCUAGCGCCAAGAAAAUGGUGGACGGGGCAGCCCUUCACUGUCAAGUGAAGAACAGAGAGAUGGUGGAGAGGACACAUUUUAUAAUAGCUCUCCAGAUGAAGCUCCUCACCACCAAAGAGGAAGUAGAUAACUUGAAAGAGAAACUCGAACAGACCAUGAUGCAAAAAGAUGAGCUGUUGAACCGCUUCACCGAGAUUUCCAAAAAUUAUGACAAUCAGAGACGGGAGUCGAUGAAGUUGACCGAGAAAUUGCAAAUCCAGAAAGACAACAUUCAGAGGGCCGAGGAGCUCAAAGUGAAAUUUCGCCAGCUCCAGUUCGGCAAUCAAAAGCUUAAAUCAGAAAAGGAUGAAGUACUGAGAGAGUUGGAAGAGCUUAAGUGCUGGACAGAAGCUCUGAAAGCUCGCUACGAUAUCGUGGAAGAAGACAGAAAACAGACUCAAGAAACCCAUGAGAGUACUGUAGCUGACUACUCAGUCCUCCGAGAUAAGGCUGACGAGCUGGAGCUUAAACUGACAAUAUCCUCUCGGGAGAUAGAGGACUUGAAGAAGCGGUGCAAAGACUUCGAGCAGACCGCGAACACCUAUCGAGAGCAGCGCGACCUGUACGAGAAAGCCUGGAAGGAAACUUCAGCAGAAAGGGAGCAACUAAGGAAGGAAAGGGAUGAAGCCACUGUGCGAUUAACCGAAGUUAUUCGUAAUCGAGACGAAGCCAUAAAGAGACAGAUGGAGCACAGUCGCCAGUUUGAGCUCCAGUUCAAAAGAACUUCAGAAGAUCUUCAAAGUGUCAGGGAGCGCCUCUACCAAACUCAGAUGGAACUUGAGGAGCUUAGGAAAGUUAAGCUGCAAAGAAACUCGUCAGAAAUUGACGAAAAUCCCUUCGUUGGAAAGGAAAACGGUCUCCAUUUGUGCACCAACAAGGCCAAGGAAGCCAAACUGGAGGGCAGAGUUGAUGCAGAGGAAGAAUCUCCAGGCAACAGCAGUGAAGAUUCCUACGACUGGAGGUCACGACGUAAGACUGCUAACAUUAUAGACAGCGUCAAAAAGCGUGUUGCCAUGAGGAAAUCUCAAGCCACAGAGCAGUGCAUAUGUUCAGAUGGUGGAGACGAGGAAACGGAUACUUCUACCGUUCAACCCGAGAAGAGCCUGUCGUUGGAUGAGAAAUUGGAAGUGCUGGUUCCAGAAAGGAAGACCCUUUCGCCUGAGGCCCAGAAAUGUCUGAGUCUGGAUCGAAACAGAACCCUCUUCAAGAGCGCACCAACUUACAACGCUCUGCAGUGUAUGUUUAUUCCAGCUGUCAGCAACAGCGUUCCUUGUAACAACCCUAUCGACAGCAAUUCUAUGCGCUCUUCGUUUCGUUCCAACGACAGUGGUCUGCCUGGUGGGCUAUCGCGGAAUCUUUCCGAUUCCUCAAAAUCUUCUCAAGGUCAAUCUCUCAGCGUAGAGUCGGAUUCGUUUGAGCCGAUAGUCGGUAACGAUCGCAAAGGCGACGAGGAUCCGAAUGCAACCGGCAGAGCCCGAGUGCAGACUCAAUCCCACAAGAAUUCAACUCGACCUGUCUAUUAUAAAAGCAAUUCCUCUCCCUCCAAGAUCCUGAACUUUGUACAAAACAAGUUAUCCUCAGGAGAUCGCUCGACUGGAAGCAGGUCUUCCUCAAGCGACGAUAAUCAAAACGAAGAAGAAACAGAAAUGAAAAAUCGCCGUAAAUUCAAGCUGGCUGCAAGAGAUCCCUCGUAUCAGAAGAUCCAAAAGGUGCCGGCAUCAAUUGAACUCUCCGUUGAUCUAUCAGUGGAUAAUGACGAUCGCUCUGAGAGAGAAACGGAAGAAAUUAAAGAGGCUCUGCUGUCUCCCACUUUUAGUGCAAAGCCUUUCCGUAAGAGGGCUGGUGCAGUGAGGCUCAAAGCCGAGGAUCGCCCUCGAAGUUCCUCUGCCCCAAAUUCUCCGGUCUCUGAGUUCAGUUUUCCGCCUGAUCCUAAAAUUACGUCGGACUGACUCGCGCCAAUAAAGCCGUAAAUCUAUCUCAAAUGACGUAAGCUGAAAAGAGGGCAUCGAGUUUGUAGAGUUUAAGGUAGAAGGGUAGAUAGAGCGCGAUUUCUAGUCUUAUUAAAGCAUAGCAGAGACAUGAAAGUGAGCCAAGAUAACGGAUAGCGUUCACGCGCGUUUGAUUGAGCGUGCGAAUGGAGCGCGCCUACGUGUGUAAGAUCAAUUUUAGGCAGAGUCAAACCAUUAGUGUAGAAAUGGCAAAGCUUUGCCGGAAACGUGGACACUUAGCCAGAGGCAGUUUCAAAGUCCUCGGGUGAUAGUGAACUUAUCAAUGACAAGGAAAUUGCUUAUCGAGCGACUUAAGGAUUUCUCGUGUAAGAAUGAAAACAAAGGCAGCCAACUGCCUUUGGACCAAGAAAACUCGACUUAAUCAUGUAGUUCUUUGCAUGCAGGGCUUGUGACAGAAAUCUGGACCAGUGGCAAAUUUUUUCUGUCUUUGUCGGGAACUAUUUUUGACCUCCUGCUAAUAACGUCAGUGUAAGUUUUGUACAAGUUUGGGAGGUUGUUGUGUGUACGUUUCGAAGUUAUUUAAAGUGACCCACAAGCUAAAUCUAAUUCAGUGUUAUCUUGGCCCCGGUUUUUCAAAACCCUUGCGGUUAGUUGGGGCAGUUAGCACACUCUUCAUUUCUCGUAGACAUUAGGUAAACCAAAAAUAAUUGUAAAUGCAGGGUGCAAAUAAAGGUUUGUUGCUGUUUUUUUUUUUUUUUUUUUUUUCCUUUUAAUAAAAAUGAGGAUUAUUUCAUUAUGUUGUUCUCGUGGGUAUGUAAAUUGAAACUGAAGAAAUAUUUUACAAAUUAGAAAGCAAUUACCGCUUUAAACUCAUUUCGUUACAGAAGAUUUUAGAUUAAGAGCAAAAUAACAAAGAACUAUCGGGUGAAAUAAGUUGUAAAUGAAAGAAGUUAUUAUUUUCGUUGGAGCCUAUUACUCUUUGUAAGUCAAAAGCGAAUUAUAGUCAUUUUAAAUAAAACAAUCAUUGGUGAAUCUUG